AUGGAGGCGAAACAUGAGGAAUCCAGCUCUUUUCCAAUGGGCGAAACCCCGCAGGAGAAAGGGGGUUUCGGCCAUGUUCCUCAAUGUUACAAAGUUGCACCCCUGAGCAGGCCUAGUUUACAUCCAGGAAUUGCAAAUAUCCCUGUGGUCGAUUUGAAUGGUUUGAAUAACUCUACAAGGCGAUCUGCGGUCAUCAAAGAUAUUUCAAGUGCUUGUGGAAACAAUGGUUUCUUUCAAAUCGUCGACCAUGGGAUAUCUCAGUCAGUUUUGGAUGGAGCGCUUUCAGCCGCCUUCAACCUGCCGUCGGUGGAGAAGGUGAAAUUCAUGUCUAUUGACGUUCGCAAGCCUGUUAGAUACGGCACGAGCAUAAAGGACGGAGUUGAUAAGGUCCAAUUUUGGAGGACAUUUCUCAAACACUACGCAAAUCCUCUAGAUGACUGGUUGUCGCUAUGGCCCGAUACUCCUCAUGACUACAGGGAAAAGAUGAGCGAAUAUGCCAGGGAAGCAAAAAAAUUAGGAGUAUCCAUCAUGGGCGCAAUCACUGAAGGGCUAGGACUUGGCCCGGAUUAUAUAAGCAGGAAAAUGGAGGAAGGAAUGCAGGUGAUUGUGGUGAAUUGUUACCCACCAUUACCAAUGCCAUGCCCCCAGCAGGGUCUGGCACUGGAUUGCCCCCCCCCCCCCCCCCCACACAAAAAUUCUGACUACUCUUGCUUAACCAUUGUCCUCCACAGCUCGUCUGGCCUACAAACUCUGGACUCCCGUGACGGGAAAUGGACCGCCGUCCGAUGUAUUCACGGUGCCUUGCAGGUUAACGUCGGCGAUCAUCUUGAGGUGCUUAGCAAUGGCUUGUACAAAAGUGUGGUUCACAGAGUCACACUUAGCAGCGACACCAUCAGAAUCUCCAUCGCUAGUCUUCAUAGUUUGGGCAUGGAUGAGAAGGUGGAGACUGCAAAAGAGCUAAUUGAUGAACAGCAUCCGAAGGGUUACAGCUACAGGGACAGUAGCUUUAAACACUUUCUCGAUUUCUUUGCUCAAAAUGACAUUGCAGAUAGGAAGAGCUUCAUCGAUGCUCUCCGGAUUACAAAUCAAUAA